UGCGAGUGUGGGUGCUCUGUAUAUAGAGCGGUGGAGGAAAAACUCAAACUGAAGUUGUGGCGACGAUCCGCAAACGUCGAUCACUGAUCCCAGAGAGGAGACGCAACUCCAGCCUGCCACACGCGUCUCGAUCGCCACUCGUCGUCGGAUCAGAUCGGAUCGAUCGCACAAUAGCGGAGAAAUUGAGCCGCUUUGUUUGCGCACCUGACAAAAGGGUCCUUAGAGCCACAGAGACCUUCUAUAGAUCACCUGUUGACACACGUACACAGAGGCGGUCGGCCCUUCUAGACUCUGCAGAGAUGAGGCCCAAUUUGUCCCCGGCUGAGUAGUAGUCACGUCUCGGAUCGAUGGUGAGCCAUUCAUUACGAUUGGCGGCCUCUAAUGCACUAAAAAUAAAAAUAAGAAUUGAGUCCGAGUCCGGCCGCAGUCCAGGUAAACCCAACGACAGCAGCACUUUCGUCACAGAGCGCAAAUCGGCUUAGGCGAUGACGGAUCAACUGCUGAGCUCCGCGGCCACCGCUCCCGCUCCGGGGGAAGCGCCUGCUGUGCUGGUGCCGUUGCCAGCCUCGACGGGUGGACCCUAUCUCAGCGGUGGCUCCGAGGGUGAGGCAGAGUCGUCGGAACAGCCGGUGCUUCUCGAGCUAGGCGCUCCGCAAGCUGCAGUCAGUCUUAACUACACCCUGACUCCCGAUGGAGGCGGUCUACUGGCCUAUGCUCCAGCCCAUCCGCACAACUAUUCGCCCUCGACGAUGGUCAGUGGCUACGAGAAGGAACCACCACCCACCAUGGGUUUGCUCCCGCCCACAUAUAGUGUGAUUCCCCAGCCCGUGUCGAUGUGGCACGCCGCUGGGCCCGUGCCUUCUGCCUCUCCCGUGGGCCUGGUGGAAUGCAGCAAGCCUGGUGAACUAGUGCCACCACCAAUGUACAUGAGCUACGGUGGAGGCGGUGGAGGUGGAAGUAGUUUGGCCAGUAGUUCAGAAGUGGAGAUAUCCAAGGAGCACAAUCCGGCCUGGCGGGAGAAAGCAUUGCAGAUGGAGAAAGACUACAGACGCACCGCCUGUGAUCGAGAGAGGACCAGAAUGCGGGAUAUGAACCGAGCUUUCGAUUUACUGCGCUCCAAGCUGCCCAUUUCCAAACCAAAUGGAAAGAAGUACUCUAAAAUCGAGAGCUUAAGGAUCGCCAUCAACUAUAUUAAUCACCUGCAGGCCAUGCUGCGGGAAAGUUCUGUUGGUCAGAAUGGCAAUGGCAACGGCUGCUGUGCCUGGAGCGGAGGAAGUAGCUCACCAUAUGACCACGGCAACGAUCAUUGGGGAGCGUAGCUUGAAAAUAAUAUUACAGAUGUUGCAAUAGAUCGAAUUUCUAUUUAAGUUUCGGUUUCAACUCCGGAUAGAAUGUUACCCAGUGAUAACGUCACCGA